AUGAGAAUUAGCGUUGCUAAUUACAAUUUAUUGUUGUCGCUAUUAAAGCAACGACUUACACGUUUUGCAUAUAAAAAACCAAUUCAGCCUGAGACUCGGUCACUUUUAUGUAAGUCAAUUUUUUUGGCACAAGGAUGUAAUUUCAAUGUUCUAUCUUAGUCUUUCAAACUUGAAGUUUCGACAGUCCGAAAAAUUAUAUAUGAAACAUGUGACGCUAUUUGGGAUGAAUUGCAUGAUGCAUAUUUGUCAACACCAAGCUCACACGAACUUCGAGAUAUUGCAAGCACGUUCUAUGUUAAGACUGGAAUGCCGAAUUGCUUGGGAGCUAUAGAUGGGAAGCACAUUCAUAUAAAAAGCAAAAGAAAUAGCGGAUCGUUGUACUACAAUUAUAAGGAAACGUUUAGCAUUGUACUAAUGGCAGUGAGUGAUGCUAAUUACGUGUUCACAUAUGUUGAUAUCGGUGCACUAGGUGACGGUGGAAAGAAUUUGCUGAAUGGCACACUGGAAGUUCCUUCUGACACAAACUUACUGGGUACGACGAACAGCUUUCCGUAUUAUUACGUCGGCGACAGUGCGUUUCCACUGAAACCAAAUAUAAUGCGACCAUUUCCCGGCCGCCACUUACCAGAAGAUAAAGACAAAUGUAACUUAGCGUUGUCUAGAGAACGAGUGCACAUAGAAAACGCAUUCGGAAUUUUGGUCAAUCGAUGGAGACUACGGUAG